CCCAACCAAACCCAGCCCCUUCUGCCGGCGGGUCCCUGGGAGGAUUCUGCAGCUGCAAACCCGACUGCGGGAGCGCUCAGUGCCUCGGCAGCCAUGAACAUGAAAACCCUGCUCAUCCUCCUCCUCCUGGCCUUAGCCACGAUAUUUGCCCUGGUCUGCGUGCUGCUGACCAGAGGGAGAGCCCCCAGCGCCUGCCAGCACCAGCCCCCGGGGCAGGAGGACACUGAUGACGGCCAGAGCCUGGUGUUUGCUGACCUGAGCCCCGAGGAGAUGGUGCAAGUGGUGGGGUACCUGCGGGGAAACCUUGGGGUGCAGCUGGUGGACGCCUCGCGUGCCAAGCCCUCGGACAACUGCAUCGCCUCCGUGGACGUGCAGAUCCCCGCCAAGGCCGAGGUGCUGCGGUUCCUGGAUGGUGGGGGGGCUCGUCCCCCCCGGGAGGCGCUGGCCGUGCUCUACUUUGGGAACCAGCCAGAGCCCAACGUCACCGAGUACGUGGUGGGGCCGCUGCCGAGGCCGGUGUAUCACCGGGACAUGACGGUGAAGAAGUAUGGGGGGAAGGUGCCGUACCACCGCAGGCCCGUUACCGGCCAGGAGUAUGUGGACAUCAACGGCCUCAUCCAGCAGGAGCUGAGAAAGGCACCGCGCUUCCUCGCCGCCUGCUGUGAGUCCGACGGGACCGACCUGGCCAUCCUCACCACGGCCCCUCGGGGCUUCAAGUCCGGUGACCGUUCCACCUGGUUUGUCCUUUUCCACAGCGUGGCCGGUACGGGCUACUACCUCUCUCCGGUGGGGCUGGAGGUGCUGGUGGACCACAAGGACCUCCACGUCUCCCGCUGGCGGCUGCGCAAAGUCUUCUACAACGGCCAGUACUUUGCCAGCAUGGAGCAUCUGGAGGAUGCGUUUGUGAACAACUUGCUGGACAUGGUCAGGAUCAAGAAGCCCCUGGGUGAGGAGGUGCUGGGCUCGAUGAGACCCCAGCGCCCGCCCGGCUCCCCGGGACCGCUGCAGUACGAGCCCCAGGGUCCCCGUUACAGCGUCAGGGACAACCGUGUCACCUUCCAGGGCUGGAGCAUCGCCUUUGGCGUGAACCCCAACUCCGGCCCACGCUUCUUUGACAUCAGGUUCCACGGGGAGAGGAUUGUCUAUGAGCUGAGUCUCCAGGAAGCCUUAGCCCUGUACGGCUCCAACUGCCCCGGGGGGAUGUCGACCCGUUACUUCGACGGGAGCUUCGGAAUCGGCAGAUUUGCCUACGAGCUGGUCCGGGGCCUCGACUGCCCCUACAUGGCAACCUACGUGGACAGGCACUACCUGGCAGAGUCAGACACCCCCAAAACCAACCAAAACUCGCUCUGCAUUUUCGAGCACGAUGCUGGCCUCCCUCUGCGGCGCCACUUUUCCGACUCACAGUCCUUCUACUAUGGCGGGCUGCGGAAAAACACGCUGGUCAUCCGUUCAGUCUCCACUCUUAUCAACUACGACUACAUCUGGGACUUCAUGUUCCACAGCAGCGGGGCCGUGGAGGUCCGGGUACAUGCCACCGGCUACAUCAGCACCUCCUUCCUCCACGGCCGAGGCACCGACUACGGCAACAGGGUCGGGCCCCACACGCUGGGGACGAUGCACCUCCACCACAUCCACUACAAGGUGGACCUGGAUGUUGAUGGGCAGCUGAACUCUCUGGAGACCCAGGACAUGGAGUAUGAGCUCGUGAAAGACCCCUGGAGCAUGCAGAACACCAUCGAGAGGCCAUACCUCCGCAGGGAGAGGCUGGAGAGGGAGGACGAGGCGGCGUUCCCUCUCAACACCCCCAUGCCCCGCUACAUCUCCUUUGCCAGCUCCAAGCCCAAUAAGUGGGGGCACCCGCGCAGCUACCGCAUCCAGAUCGUCAGCUUCACCGGGGAGCACCUGCCCACCAGCAGCUCCAUGGAGAGGUCCAUCAGCUGGGGCAGGUACCAGCUGGCCGUCACCCGGCGCAAGGAAGAGGAGCCCACCAGCACCAGUGUCUACAACCAGAACGACCCCUGGACGCCCACCGUUGUCUUUGCCGACUUCAUCAACAACGAGACCAUCACCAACGAGGACCUGGUCGCCUGGAUCUCUGUGGGGUUCCUGCACAUCCCCCACGCCGAAGAUGUCCCCAACACGGUGACUGUGGGGAAUGGAGUCGGCUUUUUCCUCAGACCCUACAACUACUUCGACAAGGACCCCUCGGUGGACUCGCCCGACAGCGUCUACUUCAGCAGUGAGCAGGACGCCGGGGCGUGUGGGACCAACCCCCUGGCCUGCCUGUCCCCUGCUGCUGCCUGUGCCCCCCGCCUGCCCCCCUUCCACUACGGGGGCUUCCUCAACCUCAGCCUGGCCCCACCACCCGGCGGGCUCUGACGGGAUGGGGCUGCUGCUGCCCCAUCCCCGAGGGUGCGGGCGGUCGGUGCCUGGCAUCAGGCACGUCCUCAGUGGGCUGUGGGCACGGGGGCUCUGCCACCGCACCAGGACCUGCCCUCCCCAUCCUUGGGACGUGACAUGCUCGGGGUCAGGUUUUUGGGGGAGCUCAGCUCUCGUUUCAGGACGGCAGCACUGCCAAAGGCAGACUCAAACCCUCUGAAAAACAGCCCCAAGGAGUGAUUUUUUGGAGACUGCAUCCAGGAGGCCACCCAAAGGGCUGAGGAGUGCCCAUGGCUGCUCUCCCCUGCUGGGACCAGGGCUCCUGCCACCUCCCCGAGGUAGGUGGAUGCCCACAGGGCAAUGGUGCUGGCCAGGCUGGGUGCUGCUCAAAGCUGCAGCUCCCUUGGACCCAUGGUCUUCCCCGACGUCUUGCCCAGGGUGGUGGGAGUGGGCAACAUGGCAGCCCCCAUGGCCCAGCCACAGCCCAGGGAGAGCCUGAAACAUCCCCCCUGGCCCCACGGCCACUGCAGCUGGUGGCCAGGGGCCCAGGCGACACUGAGCUCCGGCUGCUGCUGCGGUGCCAAGCCCUGGGGACGGGGACGGGGUGCUGGGCAGCACCAGACCUCCCAGGAGGAGCAUAGGACAGACACUCCUGGGCUGAGCUGCCCGUGUUGUCCACCUUUCCCCAAUAAACGGGCACUCAGGUGCUUUUUCUGACCACACUGCUGUGUAGCUCAUGGCUGUGGCUGCCAUGGCUGGUGGCCAGACCCUGGAGGUGACACAGCCGGCGCUGGUGCCCCGUGUUAGAGGGUCCUGGCUCAGCUCCGGUGCUCGCCGGGGGUCCAAGGGCCACGGGGCCGGUUCAGCGCCCGGCACGGCUGUGAGAGCGUGCUCCGGCCGUGCUCUUGGCCCUCGGGUGCUGGCAGGAGGCUCCUGCUGGGGAAUAUGGGACAAACA